GGCGAGCCCAGAGCAGAGCACACAGCCCCUCCAGCGCCCGCACCCCUUCAGGCUGGAGAGAAGAUCAAACCAUGGGGCGGAAGACCCUGGCCCUCAGCUGGGCGGGUGCUGCCGUCCUGGUGCUACAGACGUUGGCCGCGGCAGAGGGCUCCCCACGGACCCCCGGCAACAAGGGCAGGGUGUUUGCGGACCUGAGCGCCCAAGAGCUGAAGGCCGUGCACAGCUUCCUUUGGUCCCAGAAGGAGCUGAGGCUGCAGCCAUCCAGCACAUUGACCAUGGCCAAGAACUCCGUGUUCCUCAUUGAGAUGUUGCUGCCCAAGAAGCAACACGUGCUGAAAUUUCUGGAUAAAGGCCACCGGCCUCCCGUUCGGGAAGCACGCGCUGUCAUCUUCUUCGGAGCCCAGGAGCGUCCCAACAUCACCGAGUUUGCUGUGGGACCACUGCCCAGGCCCCAUUACAUGCGACACCUGCCCCACAAGCCCGGGCACCAGGCCUCCUGGGCCUCCAGGCCCAUCUCCAAGGCAGAGUAUACCCUCCUGAGCCACACCCUGGAGGAGGCCAGCAAGCCCCUGCACCAGUUUUUCCGUCGCACCACGGGCUUCAUGUUUGGACACUGCCACGAGCGGUGCCUGACGUUCACAGACGUGGCGCCCCGUGGCUUGGCCUCCGGCCAGCGCCGCUCUUGGUUCAUCUUGCAGCGCCAUAUGGAAGGCUACUUCUUGCACCCCACUGGGCUGGAGCUCCUGGUGGAUCAUGCGAGCACGAACCCCCAAGACUGGACGGUGGAGCAGGUCUGGUACAACGGGAAGUUCUACCGCAGCCCCGCAGAGCUGGCUCAGAAGUAUGACGACGGAGAGGUGGAUGCGGUAGUCCUGGAAGACCCGCUCGCCAAGGACAAGGAUGGAGAGAGCCUACCAGAGGCAGCCCUCUUCUCCUUCUACCAGCCACGUGGGGACUUCGCCAUCACCAUGAACGGCCCCCGCCUGGUGCAGCCCGAGGGCCCCCGCUAUAGCCUGGAGGGCAACACCGUGCUCUAUGGGGGCUGGAGCUUCACCUUCCGGCUGCGCUCGUCCUCGGGGCUGCAGGUCCUGGACGUGCACUUCGGAGGUGAGCGUAUAGCCUACGAGGUGAGCGUGCAGGAGGCCGUGGCGCUGUACGGAGGACACACACCCGCAGGCAUGCAGACCAAGUACAUGGACGUCGGCUGGGGCUUGGGCAGCGUCACUCAUGAGCUGGCCCCUGGCGUCGACUGCCCGGAGACGGCCACCUUCCUGGAUGCCCUCCACUACUACGACGCCGACGGUCCUGUCCUCUACCCCCGCGCCCUCUGUCUCUUCGAGAUGCCCACGGGGGUGCCCAUCCGGCGGCACUUUAACUCCAACUUCAGCGACGGCUUCAACUUCUAUGCAGGCCUCAAGGGCCAGGUGCUGGUGCUGAGGACCACUUCAACGGUCUACAAUUAUGACUAUAUCUGGGACUUCAUCUUCUACCCCAAUGGGGUGAUGGAGGCCAAGAUGCACGCCACCGGCUAUGUCCACGCCACCUUCUACACCCCCGAGGGGCUGCGCCAUGGGACCCGCCUGCACACACACCUGAUCGGCAACAUGCACACCCACCUAGUGCAUUACCGCGUUGACCUGGACGUGGCAGGCACCAAGAAUAGCUUCCAGACCCUGCAGAUGAAGCUAGAAAACACCACCAACCCCUGGAGCCCGAGACACCGCCUGGUCCAGCCGGCUCUCCAGGAGACAAGGUACUCCCGGGAGCGCCAGGCGGCCUUCAGCUUCAGACAGACUCUGCCCAAGUACCUGCUGUUUACCAGCCCCCAGGAGAACCCCUGGGGCCACAAGCGCAGCUACCGACUGCAGAUCCACUCCAUGGCUGACCAAGUGCUGCCCCCGGGCUGGCAGGAGGAGCGGGCUGUCACCUGGGCCAGGUAUCCCCUGGCAGUGACCAAAUACCGGGAGUCUGAGCUACGCAGCAGCAGCAUCUACAACCAGAACGACCCCUGGGACCCACCUGUGGUCUUUGAGGAGUUUCUGCGCAACAACGAGAACAUUGAAGACGAGGACCUGGUGGCCUGGGUCACAGUGGGCUUCCUGCACAUCCCCCACGCAGAGGACAUCCCCAACACAGCCACGCCCGGGAACUCCGUGGGCUUCCUGCUCAGGCCCUUCAACUUCUUCCCAGAGGACCCGUCCCUGGCGUCCAGAGACCUUGUGGUCGUGUGGCCUCUGGAAAAUGGCUCCACCUAUGUCCAGCACUGGAUCCCUGAGGAGGACGGGGGCUGCUUGAUGCCUCCCCCUUUUAGCUACAAUGGAACCUACAGGCCUGUUUGAAGGCCCCCUCCCCCCACUAACUCCCACCUGAAGCCCGCGUGCCCCCCCUACCCCAGGCACAGACAGUAAACCCCCUCAGGGCUCAGCUCCUAUGCUGCUUCCUGCAGAAGGCAUAGCAGAUGAGGCCAUACACCAGGCCGGGCGUGUGGGACACACACAGAUGAGAAACACAAGGCCUUGGCCUCCACCCCAGAGAAGACCUCCAUCACUAAGGCAAGGACACUCACGGAAAUACUAGGUUGACCUAUCAGAUCAGUUUAGAGAAUCUGAGGCUGACGGCUCCCUCUUGGGGGUCUGUGGGGGACCCUUCUGGGUGGCUGAUAGGCAUGCAAAGUAGUGCAACCACAGGAAGACACUACGGAAAAAUCGAGCGAAAUUGCAAACACCUUUACCCUCUGACACACUGAUCCAACUUCUCGGAGUUAUCCUGGAGAUCUACCUACAAACACGGGAGAAAUAGAUGUACACGGUAAUUCACUGCAGUACUGUUUGUACUGGCAAAGUCUGGAAACGACCCAAACAUCCUUCUACAGGAGAGAGCCUAUAGAUCUGAAUAAACCAUGGAGUGCCCACACAGUGCAAUUUUAGGCGAUUGGAAAAGAAACCAAUGAACAGGGACAUUCUCUAUACUGAUGGGGAAAGAUCUUCAGGAUAUACUAAGUAAGAAAACAGGUAUAGAACAAUAUAUAGAUAGCAUGCUAAUCUUCGUGUAAGAGAGGAAUGUACGUAUUCAUAAAAACCCUAGAAAAAUACACAUGAUUCUAAUAUAAA